AUGUUAAAAAGGCAAAUAUUUUCUGCUUCUGAUAGUAAAAUGCUUCUGAUAAAUAAAAUAAAUAUGCUUCUGAUAGGUCUGGUAGUAAUAGUAAAUCUGAUUGUAAACAUAACCCAGGGAGGGAAAAUGGGAGUAUAUUGGGUUGAUAACACCAAAUGGAAGGGGCCCCUCAAUCGACGGGAUCAUCAACGCGGCCCCCAAAUGGCCGAGACAAUGGAGAUUGUUCUUCGUAUUAUGGCUGUAUAUGGCUGUAUGUAGAUGCAGCUGUAACGGUUUUUGGUCUUGUUGUAUUCGCAAAAAUUUAAAUAGUCGAUAAAAACCAUAUAUAAAUGAACAUGGUCCAUAGGUUCCUUGAGUAUUUUUAUACCCUUCCCCCCUUCCUUCUAACUGAAACCUUUCCCAUUUUCCCUUCUCUUCGGUCCACAAACUUGAUGUGAUCAAUUAGGGCCAAGAAUGAAUAUUUUAGUUUUUGCAUUAAAAGACACACACAAUCCACUAUCCCAGGCCAGGAAUGUGAAUACUAUUUUUCGUGUGAAAUAGCUGUCUGCUUUCGGCACACAAUCGCAAAGCGGUAGCAGGGGCCCCGUAUACAAGAACAGGCCAGUUCAUCCCAGCCAAGAGCGCACACAAUGACAUCGAUAUAACCAUUUCUCGAAUGAAACCUCAACCCACUGAAGCACCGUUGACCAAACGACCUUCCUAGGCUUUUUAAAGCGACGCGAGCUUGGUGUCAAUUUUUCCUGCUAAUUUCUGCGGCUACGAGCCGGUGUAUUGAAAUUUUGUGUAGGGGCCUUUAUAUUUUUGUCUGUGUAUGAUGUGUGCUAGUGGCUGUUGUAACGGGUUUUCUUUGUGGUUAAACGCAGCGUUCUGUUCUGUGUUGUGUGCAUUAGAUUUUUGCAGCAAGUGUCUCCGCGUUUUUUUGGUGAGCUCGUGCACCGACCAUCCACACCAAGACACCAAAUGGACGGGGCCCCUUAUUGACGGGGGCUCCUUACCGACGGGGCCCCUUCAUAUCGAUGGAAUCGUUUCUCGAAUGAAACCUCCCCGUGGACAAUUCGAGCAGUUUUUCUCCGGUUCCUCAACCCGCUCUGCCCCACUUCGCCCAUGUAUCUUGAAUAGCUAGCAAGAUUUCAUAUUGCCAUCUCUUUUUAACACACGGAUGAGUUUUUCUGCUUGGGUACCAACAACGAUUUUCAAUCCAUAUCAUGAGGUAUAAACACAGCUACCAUGUAUAUACACAGUGGCCUACAAAUGUAUGCAUGUAUUGGUUGACAUUGCAAGUGCGUCGGCGAAGGACAGACAAGUUUUUAGAUCCAGAUUAUUUACGAGAGUACCAUCAGCAAUGGCUUCAAGAUCAUCCCAAUAUCGGAAGCGUCGUCGCUUUAUGGAAGAAGUUGAGAGAGAAAUAGACAAUGAGAUCAAUAAUAUGGAGACUUCCUCACCUGUCAUGGUGCCGGCAUCGACGAGCAGGAUGUUCAGUAAGUAACUAAUAUUGUGUUUUUAGAGUACUAUUAUACAUGGAAAACGGAAUUUUGUCGCAGUAUAUUGCCAAUUGGUAAUCAGCAGCUACGUUGAUUCAUAUUCCGAUCGCAAUUUUAGGUUUUGCACCGCCAUAGUUUCUGCAUCGGUUCUGCACCGCCACCCACAAUGGCAACAUGAGGUUUUUUAUGUUUAACCUUACUUAGGAAAUCACGUCGUCGUUUUCUGGUUGGCAGUGUGAAUCCAAAUAAUAAGUGUUUUUUUUUUCUUUUUAAAUUGUUUUUUUUUUUGUAAAAACAGACAGCCACUUGAAUUUGCCAAACAUCCAUCGUGGGAGACAUGAUGAUGUUUUGUUCUUUAACGAUACAUUAGUAGGACUUUCUUUCUAGCAGCAAAGCAACUUCCGAAGGCUACGUUGCUGUCUUCUUCAAACUAGACCGCUUCGGGUACCUCGGCAGCGUUGAGACCAACAUCCGUGGCCACUGCAGCUUGCUUCUCGUCGUUUAUUGGCGAUUCCGUAUCAUCUCCCUGAACCCUGCCUGUUGCUGCUGAAGCGCGCCGUGACCAGCCGCAAUCUGCACUGACGCUGGUGGGGUUGGAGGAAGUCUGGCUCGAAGCUUCUCUCGUCGGUUAGUGUUGCGUCGCUCGUUGCGGUCGCGCCGAACAGUUUCAGGUUGCGUCUCUAAGAUGGCCAUCUCCUCUUCGUAUUACUCAAUGAUCUGCGACGCCAGGGCAACUCGUUCAUUGUCUCAUGCUCCCUGUAGUUGAACCGUGAUCCGCCUAGAAGCUUCGUAGAUAAGGCUCCAGCUCUCGACCUCGCGACAGGUGAGGUUGGAGGGUGUCCGUCGAAUCGAACCUGAUCAACCAUGGCCGACACGCUUCUGGAUUUUGCAGCAAAGCGCGGGCACUCCAAUAACACGUGUUCCUCGUCCUCCGAAACGCCGAUGAACCACUGAGAGUCCGGGGACGGUCGUGAAUCCUUUGCUAAUAAGCAUUCUCGUUAAAAAAAAAAAUCUGUCCUGACCUGUUUAAGCCUGUGCCUGGGCCAGAUGGAAGGUCGUGUCUCCGUGUUAAUGCCAGUCGCUGACGGAAGACGAAUUGCAUAGUACUGAUAGCAACUUAGGUGGGAAUGUAGAGUGUAGCUUUAGCAUAGAUGUAGAUACUAACAAUACUAACAAUGACAGCGCUGCAACUGUUGACGAAAAUAAUUUGGAUGAUAUAGAAAAUGAACAGGAAGAAUGUGCUGAAGAUUUGUAUGAUGCUUAUAACUAUUUGAAUGAUUUUCAAAGUUUAAAAGAAGCUUUGAGAUAUUUGGCAAUAAUGGGUCAUCUUUCUCGCAACUUUCUCAACUUGCUUCUUGCAAUUUUAAGAAAAUUUGGUCAUCCUGAACUUCCUAAAGAUGGUCGUAUUUUACUAAAAAAUCCUAAAGUUAGCCAAGAGAUUCAGCAUAUAGCAGGUGGACAAAUGUGGUACUCAGGGAUAGAAGUUGGCCUUCGAAAUUAUUUUAGGAAUCAUGUUCCAGAGGAAAAUAAGUUUUCGUUACAUAUUUUUAUUGAUGGCCUUCCUCUCUUCAAAAGUAGUGAUACACAAUUUUGACCAAUUCUUUUUAAAGUAAAAGAAAUUCCCGAUUGCCCGGUAAUGAUCGCAGGUGUAUUUGGUGGUCAGAAAAAACCUACCGACUUAGAGCCUUAUUUGCGACAGCUCGUAGAUGAAUUAAACAAUUUGCAAGUAAUAGGCAUGCUGUUUGGAGAGAAAGUUGUAAAAAUUUUUGCCAAGGCUUUUGUCACCGAUACCCCUGCGCGGGCCUUUAUAAAAUCGGUAAUGUACUUUCCGGCAAAACAUGGGUGCACGAAGUGUACUCUCGUUGGAGAGUUUGUAAAACCGGAGCGCAAAGUAAUAUUUUGUUCACCACAACCUGCUCCACCACGUACAGAUGAAAGUUUUCGACAAAGACACGAUACAGAGCAUCAUAAACAAAUUCGAUCUCCUUUAGAAGAGAUUGGUGGAUUAGAUAUGAUCUAAAGUUUUCCCACUUCUGAUCGACUUCAUCUUAUCGAUAUUGGCAACACUCGUAAAAUUUUGUACGGCCUUUUUCAUCAUAAAUUUAUAAGUUUUGUAAUAUGGUCUAGUGAACACAAGAAAAAUGCCUCUCACUUUUUGAUGGAAACGAAACUGCCUUCUGAAAUACAUCGACCAUUUCGAUCUCUUGACACUCUUCAGUAUUGGAAAGCAACUGAAUUUAGGUCUUUCCUACACUAUAUUAGCCCUGUUAUAUAUAAAGAUUUUAUGCACAGUGACGGCUUUAACCAUUAUUUGCUCUACUUUUGUGGCAUAACUAUUUUCUCAUCGUCAGUAUAUAAAAAUUUAAACCCGCUUGCAAAAAGAAUGCUUCAACAAUUUGUUGUUGAUUUCCCACUGUACUAUGGUCGCACCCAUAUGAGCAGCAAUGUGCACAAUCUUCUCCACGUAUUUGAUGACGUUGAAGAACUUGGUCCAUUGGACGAUUGGUCUUCUUAUGAUUAUGAAAACUUUUUACAGUUUAUUAAACGAGAUGUUAAGACAGGUUCAAAAUGUGUGGAACAAGUAGCGGGCAGAUGCAAGUUAUAUGCCUCAAUUAAUGUACAUCAUGGUCCCAAAGAAAAGAAAUAUCCCUGUUUGACUAUAGAUGGCUGUGGACUACAUGUAACUGAAAGCUUUGUUUUAAAACCAAAAUUUCGGGAUCAAUGGUUUUUAACAAAAUCAAAUGGUAUAGUGAAAUUUUUGAGAGCAGAAAUCUCUCCGCAGAAUUCGUUGGUUAUCGUUGGAAUCAAGUAUGAUAAUAAGGAAAAUUAUUUUACGGCUACAUUUAAAGAUAAUGUAUCUUUUGUAGCGAUACAGUCUAGUGAACUGAACAUUCAUAAACUAAAUUCUUAUUCACCAUCUACUAUGGUGACACUUGACCUUAAGUCUAUUAAAUGUAAGUUAGUUGCCGUUAAUUUACCCCCUCGUCCUCUUGUGUACUUUGAUGUUGAUGAAUUGCAAGAUUCUAUGCCUCCAUCUGUAUUAUUUUUUCCAUUAUUACACACUUUUCUUCCAAACUAACCAUAUUUUUUAUCUUAAAAUCAUGAUUGUGACUUGUUUUGUCUUAGUGUAAAUUAUAAUGUUAUUGAUUUUUUCAAAGGUUUACGGGUUUAUUUCAAAACUUUUGGUGGAGGGUAUAUCAUAGUAUGUAUAAUAUUAUGUUUUAUAUGUAUAUGUAUUAUGUAGAGGGUUUAGGUUGACGAUGUAUUACAUCACAUUUUGAAAGAGGGUAUAUCAUAAUAAAAGUAUGCACUAGUUUUCAUUACAGAGUUACCAGGGAAAGAAAUUUGUUUAAUCUACAGGAAACUUCAUUGUUGUUUUUUUAUUGAACAGAUCAGCACGAAUUGUCGCAUGUACAUGCAUUUAAUAAUAAUUGUAAAUGUUAGUGAAAAAAACCAAGAGAUUCAUUUCAUGUUUGUUUAUACUUUUUUAUGUAAACACAAUUAUUUUUAGUACUUUGGACUUAUUACUACGUUUAACGACAAUGCCAAUCUUUAAAACAAAUUAUCCAAUCAACCUGUGAUCCAUAAGUAGUGUAACAUCCACGACAGUUAUAACUAAAAUAUUAGAACAGUUGAUUGAUCGUAUGGUAUCUUUUGAUCAUUCCGUACAAACACUAAUCUCCAACAUCUAUUUUUUUUCUAAUACUGCUCAACGUGUUUCGCAUCCCAUACGAGGAUACAUCGAGGAAAAGCUAUCCCCUUACGUGACACGACACGACGUGACUGCGCUUAAUAUGGCAUUUCUUCCAGUCUCAACAGUUCCGCUUGUUUUUUAGAUAAGAACUCUUUGGAACAUUGCUCAUAGAAAGGAUUUAUUUCGUAAUUCUGUAUAAUGCAUUUACACAACUCUAAUAACUUCUUUUCCAGAGCAUUCAUCUCCUCAAUUGUUUCUACAGUGCAACAGGUUGGCGAAGGGGUUUUAUCCGUGGGGCUCAAGCAGGUGUUUUGAUUCGCCAACAGUUGUUGCAUCAUCCCGGUCAGAACAUCGAGCUUGUUGUUCAUCACAUCGUUCUGGACCUUUAGCUGAGCUACCAUUCGGCUAAAAAAGUUCGUUUUAUAUAGUUUCAUAGAGUAUUUCAACGUUUCCUAUGAGUAUUGUUUUACCUUGUGUAUGCAAAUCUAUAUCGACAAGUUAAGCUUUUUUUGUCAAACAAUGAGAAGCUCUACACGAAGUGAAACUAGUGAACAAUACAAUCUCUUAAAUUCUUUGAAUUC